AUGCACGUCCGCUACAUCUUACUGGCCAUCACUUCUUACUUCUCCAUUGCCUUUGGAUUAUGCUACACGAACGGAAGGCAAGGAUCUUACAGUAGAAAUCAAAGCAUUCUCGACCUUGGCGAUGUAUGCCGCCAGUUAAGCGGCAAAUACAACAGGCUGGAAGCCCAGAGAGUCUGUGUGACGGACAAAAUCGAUGUGUCUUGGAGUUUUGAACUCAAGAUGAUUGGCGCUGGUGAGACGCGCGAAAUCGAUAUCGAAGAGUGUAUGGAUGGAAUGAAAAAAGAGCUGAUGUGCAAGCCUGACCGGGGCGGUGUGCAUACAUACUGGAAUUGGAGAUACAAGGUCAAACCCGGUUCCCGAAAUCUCUGUUUCGAACCUCCCUAUUGGAAGCCCAUCGGAGGUUAUGACCCGCAAGAUGAACCGAAAUGGUACACCUGUCAUGAAAAAUACGCCAUGCCGUGGUACUGCUGGAAAGAUAAGUAUGGCCUUCCUGGAUACGUCGGCGCAUGAUCCUGAGAAAUCCGAUGCCCCUCAAAG